AUGGUAUCUCCAUCAGAAAAUGUUUCUAAGCAGUCGGUUUCUUGGGAAUGCUCGCGCAUUAGCACGUUGUUCCUGCUCGUCUGCUACUUGACAAUGCAUGAACAUUGCACGGCACAAGUCCUGCAUGAAGCUUCAACACUUGCAGACGACGAGAAAGAAAGUUCGUCUUCCUUCCACACCGUUCUAUCAAUCUCUCAAUCUCCGUCGCCUUCAGCAGCUGCUGUAACCAUCACCACCCCAUCAGCAACACGUGAUGACUAUAUUGAUGAUGAUGAUGAUGAUGCUAAUGAUGGUGCUACAAUUGGAUCGGUAUAUGGCGAUGGAUACGUUGAUAAUGUUUCAAUUCAUUUCAUUUCUACACUUGAUUCGGAUGCGACGAAUCUUAAUAAUGCACAUCAUCUCGAAGCUCCCACAUCACUUGCCGCAACGUCAACAGUAUCGGCGUCACUCACAUCAACAUCAUCUCCAUCCACAUCGCUUCCAUCCACGUCAUCUGCAUUCGAUCACAUGAAGACGUCCACCAAAUCGUCAAAAGCCACUAAAACGUUAUCGACCGUCAUCCAGUAUGCGGCAUCUGAUUCCAGUGACAGCAGUGGGGAAGACGACGACGAUUCUUCAUGGGAGCAGAAUGACAGCUCGGCAUCGAGUUCGCAAAGUUCUUUCGCAUUCUUCUCCGCAUCUUCCAGUUCCUCGCAAUCAUCGUGCUCCGACUCCUCAGAUGCCUACUUCACUCCGUUCGAUCAACUGUUGAACGACGACAACCCGAAAAAUAACUCGAAACGAAUGGAAGAAGAGAAGGAGAAAGUAGUUGAGUACGUAUGUGACGUCAUCGAAGGUCUGAACGAUUUGUGCUCCGUCAUCACAACCACGGUCAGACCUCUGAUGGCCGUUUUAACUGAACUCUCAAAAAGCCCAAGUCAUUUGAAGGGUCCUCCUCACUCGAGGAGUCAAUCGAUCAGCUCGUUAGAUUUAUCGAGUAGUUGUAGGUCCACUGACUCUUCUGAAUGA